CAACGAUCGUUCUUGGUUUAAUGGCGUUCUUGGGCGUUCUGGCAGGUGAAGCGAGAAGUACUGCGGUACCGUGCCAAGAAAACGCAGAAUGGACGAAUUGUGGAUCGAUGUGUCCACCAAUGUGCAACUCGACUACAUCGACUGUUUGCCCUCAGGUAUGCGUGCCUAGAUGUCAAUGCAUAGAGGGGUACGUGCUGACUAUCGAUGGGGCCUGUGUUCUCUCUUCUGAAUGUUGAAUCACUGCUAUCAAUUAAUCAAUAAAGGAUACGACUCCUCUCCGUAACAUUUUAUUAUUCAACCUACGAUUAAGAACAAUUAAAUCUCCGCCACACGAUCUCUCCCGACUUUCCCAGAAAUCCGCUUACAGACCGGCAAAAUUCCCACUAACUAAUUACCAAGUGAGCACUAAACGAGACGCGAAGUAGACGCGAAUUAAAGGUACACCGGUCGAUCGUC